ACGCAAUUUUGGGAGAGUGGCGGCGAAGUCGCCACAUUAUGGAAGGAAUUGGCAAAGGAAAUGACAGAGAAAGGCACAAGGGAUCAGAAUGAAUGUAAUACAGUGGAUGAUAAUGGCACCCCCGGCUCUGGCAGAACUGCCACCAACCCUGAAAAGAAGGCAUGCAAUUAUUUGCAUGGCGGUCUAAAAGAACUGUACAAGGAUGUGGGGUCGAUGGCGACGACGUCGGCGUCGACGACGUCGUCGUCAAGCGACGAGAAAAUCCUGGAUAAGAACCCACUGUUAAGACAAACAGUGGGUUGUUUAUUACUUAAUGCUUAUGCAAAGAAGAUGAAAAGCGAAGCUAAAUGUUUAGUUGAAUCAGGAAUUAAAAAAGCUUUCGCCACUGAUGUUAAAGAUUUAAAUGGACAAUGCACGAACAAUGGUUCGUGCAUUAAAUGUGAAUGGAAUGAGAACUAUGACGACUGCACAAUUACCUUAAAGGGCGCCAUGAAAGAGACUCCAGAUAAGAAAUUGGAAAAUGUACAAUCCAAAAUUGACGAAACCUCAUCUACCACCACCAAGAACAACAUAAACCUAACACCAUCUUUAUGUGACCAACUCAAAUGUGCUGCCCCCAAAUGGUUCCAAAACAACAGAACGACGAAUGGUAGUACUGCUAAUAAUAAGACUUGGUGUGACUUCUGGGAGCAGGGCGUCAAAACAACACUGACGGAGAUGUUCCAACACAUCACCACAGAAGGACAGAACACAUCAAGCACGUACACUAUUGCCAGAACAUGCCAAGGCUUUGGUGAUGGUAACACUGAUAGUGUUGAAAGAAAAGCAUGUAAUCAUAUCGCCCGAGGUUUAAAAUACAUUGAUGACAUUAAGCCUAAUGUUAGUGGUGGCAGUGGUAGUGUUACUACUACUUCUUCGUCUAAUGAUCAAUACAAGCAACUGCUCCAGCGAGCAGUUGCUUGCAUUGCUCUUAACAUGUACGCAGAUAAGAUAAUUAACGCUUCGAAGGAUAAAUGUCCCAUUGAUGAAUCUAAAAUACAAAAAAUGUUUACUUAUGGGAAUGUAAUUCAUAAUACUUCGUGUUCGAACUCUGGUGGUAGUGGUAAUAAUGUCUGUUUUAAGUGUGAAAGGAAACCAAAUUUUAAUGGUUGCGAACUAAGUGUUUCCAACACUUUGAUUGAUACAACAUCACCAUCACCAAGUGGAAAUUGCACUUCUGGCGCAGAAAAUAAAAAGGUUCCAGAGAAAAUGACCAAACUCCUUCAGGACAAAACCAUCAAGAUGGAAGAAACAUUAUCCACCAUAAAUGACAUGAGCAAGUCUUUCUGUACUAAAAUGCAAUGUGCAGCAAAACAAUACUACGCCAAAAAAAAUGGUGGAAAUAGCACCGGAGUGUCUUGG